AUGGCCCAUAUCAUUGUUUCUAUUCGAUCCGCAAAGUCUAAUGUGCGUCCUCCGACUUACCCCACAGUACAAUUAAUUUCCCGACAUACAAGGCUUCAGAACGGUGGUCAAACACUCCCUGGGAAUUUCACCACUCACAUGAAUGAGGACCCUGUUGACUCUCGCAAGACCGUGCUUUAUUUCACCGCAGAGGAAACACUCCUCAUUUUAAAAAUAUGCCGGGAACGCGGGUUGUCAUUUGGGAAUGUUUAUGUCGUACUUGGCCAGAUCGCCAUGGGACGUCUCCUUUGCAGGAGGUAUGCUCAAGGUUUGAUGACAGAGGAGGAAUGGGAAUUCAGGAAGAUGGAACUUACAUACACGACGGGCUCAAUUAAUGUAAGGCCAUACUUGGAUCGCGAGUGGUAUACUCGUGGAGGCGCGGAGAACCCGAUGCUUUCGAUAGGAUUCUAUGUCUACCCGAUGUCCUUCGUUCCAUUACGUCCAGAGGGUGCUCAUUCGACAUUUGACACCCUCUUGUCACGUCAACGCUUUUGGUAUAGGUGCGGGAAUAUGAAGAAAUGUGCCAAUGGUCUUCUGAAGCACCCGUUGUUUCUCGACAUCGGCUCAGUUCGUUAUCCCCAAAUUAUCACGGCGAUGAAAGAGCUGGGCUCCAAAGCAAAGACAUCAUCCUUAAGGAAGGAAAAUCUAUCCAUCUCGGCCACUGACCAGGCAAAACUUGGUAUGGUAUUUUCAUUCGGUGGCUCCAAUUUCGGAAGCGCUGACAAGCUCCUCCCACGCGAGUUUCCGGUAGGCGGGACAUCUCCCAGAAUCUACCUACGUUGCUCCGGUUUACGUCUCCGAUGUCGUCCCGGGGAAAUUUACCUUGGAGCCUCCACAUUUCGAAACGAGCUGGAACUAGUCGUCUAUUGGGAUAAUAAUGUCACUGAUAGGGCCAUUAUUGAAGAGUGGUUGCAAGAAGUGAAAAAUGCCGCAUCAUAUUAUCUCUAG